CCUUCGGCCAGUCCUUUCAGUCCUAUCUACCCACCAACCAACGUAUCUACCUGCCUGCAUUACGGUGUCGCUCCUCCACUGGACAUUUUGGCUUUUGGGGGCGAUUGGUUGGUCCUCGCCCUGGUCCAUCUCAACUGUCUGUCAACGUAGUGAUUUGCUGACAGUACUGGACUUGGAUUUCGAUUCGACGACGUCGACCAUGAGCGCUCUGCGAACCGCUCGAUACUUCCAUGUGAAAUGUCGUUUCCCCCACGAAUAUCGAUACAAGGGACCCGAAGGUCAAAUCCAACGGAUUGUGCGUCAAGAAGUGCCGGCGGGUCAGAUUGCUUGGGAUACCCCCUAUGACGUGUACGAUCCCAUUAGUUUCACCGCCCCCCAUGUAUUGACAGCCCCUUGGGCCGAUCCUCCCAUCGGUCAGGCAGGCUUUCACCCACGGUGGAAUCAAAGGGAUGGACCGGUCAACCGUCAAAGCCACGAAGGCGUUUACCUGAUGUCCGAUCAACAGGCGCCUUUGAACAUUCGUGGGCGGACCGGACUCAAAGGACGGGGCACGUUAGGUCGCUGGGGUCCGAAUCACGCGGCUGAUCCGGUGGUAACCCGUUGGCACCGAGACUCCGACGGUCAGCGUCGGAUACACCCCGACAGUCAGAAACCAGUGCUGCAGUUUGUGGCCAUUCAACGACGGGAUACGGGCGAAUGGGCCACUCCGGGAGGCAUGGUUGACCCGGGCGAAUUGGUGAGCGAGACCGUCAAACGGGAGUUCAUGGAGGAAGCCAUGGAUUCGACCCAGGCCACAGCCCAAGAGAAGGCGGCCAAUUUCGAGAUGGUGCGGGAUUUUUUCACCCGUGGACAGGAGAUUUAUGCCGGGUAUGUGGAUGAUCCUCGGAACACGGACCAAGCUUGGAUGGAGACGGUGGCGUUUUUGUUUCAUGAUGAUACUGGCUCCGAAGUGGGCCAAUUUGAAUUGAAGGCGGGUGAUGACGCCCAAGCUCUCCAAUGGAUGGAUAUCUCGUCCGACCUAAAUCUGUACGCUAGUCACAUUAACUUUAUUCAAAAGGCGGCCGAACUCCAGGAUGCCCAUUGGUAGUUGUCAUGGCCAAGACUGGUGUGCCCAUGGGAAAAAAAUUUCAAUUGCGUUUGAGGAUUCAAAAAAAAAAUCUGUGCUAU